AUGGCUCAAAAACUGUCUGUCAACGGUAUACAUGCUGUAAAAGACGACAUCUUCUCCCUAGCAAGUCGUAUUCCGGAAAAUGCAGGCAAGGCGCCGGUUGGAACAGCUCACGUCAAUACCACUUUUAACCUUUACAAGGGCUUGUCGGUUCUUGCUCUUACAUCCUUUAUCUUUAACGUUGAUACUCGUCUACAGAAUGCCGGUCUUGCCCUGCUUUUUCCCGGUGGUGCGUUCCUGGGGCUUGGGGGGAUAUUGGCCGAUCGGGUUUUCACUGAUACUAUUGCUUUUCGCACUCAGUAUUUUCCCCUGGUUUGUAACGGGCAAUAUUCUUGCGCCCUUUUGACCUGGCCAGGACAGGUCCUUGUGAUUCCUCUACUCCCUGCGGCGGCGGGUUCAACAACCUACGGCAUCUACGCAGUUCCGGCAUUGGUAAUCCUUACCUACUAUUCUCUGGAUAGGUGGUCUAAAGGUAUACACGCGGAGACGCUUGUUAAACGAGACAAGCGUGACAGAUUCCUUCCCACUGCUAUCGCCGAGCUUCAGAAGAAGAGCGCUUCUGUAGCCAUCCCUGAAGACCUGGAACUUGGUGAGGAAGAACUCGGCCAGCUGCGGUUUCUACUUCAGGUCGCUCUUCAGGACAAGGAUGACUGGAGAAACUUCAGCAUUGUCGAGCAGUUCCAGCCCUCGGCCUUUCGCUAUCAGCUCUGCGAGGUGGCCCACACAUUGGCCUUUGCCAACAAAAUCUACACCCCUUCUUUCCGCGGUGGUUAUUUGCACGAGGGUCAGAAGAAGAUAAUCCAGAAAUACUGCCAGGAGAAGGUCCUCUGGUACUGA